CAUUCUCAAUUCUCAUCAUUCUGUCAAAUUACGUUCCACGGAGUGGUGCGUCGCGAGAGUUUUAUUUCGAUCAAUGUUUUUGUUAUGAUUAAAGUCGCAAGAAACAUUAUUUAGAACGAUCUGUUAUCGGCAAGGUUAUAGCCAUAUAGUGGGUUAUUGCUUAGUGCAGCUGCGUGGAACAAUUGGGCAAUAAAAUCCCUCGCGAUUCGCGAAUUGUUGACGAAAUUCGCAAGAUAGUAUUGGAUGGAAAGAAUAGAUUGUUCAGAGCUAAAAAUGUGAAGAUAAUAGCAUGUGUGUGUAUUUUUGUGCUCAUUAUUGUGAUGUGAACCGAUGUGUCCUUUAGUUUUUCGUACUCGGGUGUGUGUAAUUUUUGUUGUGUGAUAUAUUUGGAGGUGCAAAAUGGGCACGACGGGAGUAACUUUGGCAGACUUGCCAAAUAUAUUUAUUAUGAUUGGGGCCCUCGUUGCCCUCUUUAUGAUGCUAGUCAUACUCCUAAGGAACAUGGAAUUUAUAGGUAUAGUAGGGGAAGGGCGGGAGGACACAUGGCCGCGAACAAUGCAGCCACCCCGCCUGCUCAUGCAGCGAGUCCACAUACCCUUCACCUUCAAACUGCAGGAGAAUCAGCCUAUCGGAUACAGCAGUGUAAGAUGCUGCGUGUCCUCCACAGUGCGCUACUGGCACGCGAGCUGGUGGGGAGCUCCCGUCAGAGACCUGCACCAGACGUUGUGGGGAACUUUACCAGAAAUCCUUGCAUCAAGGCAUCUGAGUUUUACAAGAAGUAACGCACACGACGAGAAAGAAAUGAAACUUUCGUCGGAGCCGUUGCAACUGGGGCCGCCGCCUCGAACCUGCUACCCGCUCGUGGUGAUUCUGGCACGAGACCAGCGGGACACAGCUGAACUGAGGCCGGACGAUACGGUAGCGUUAAUAAGUGUGGUCCACAUACAAGACGAGCAGUGUCGACUGCCCAGCGGCAUCAUAGCUCAAUAUCUCAAGCAGGCCAAUGGACACUUGUCCUGUUUGAAGCAACUAUACGUGACUGGUGAAGCGGGCGAUCCCUGCGAACCCGGCGAGAUGAGUGAAGCGGGCGGCUACACGCGCGGCGAGGCGCUGUGCUGCGUGUGCGCAUCCGCACCGCUAUCCCGGGCGUUACUGCCGUGUCGACACGCUUGCCUCUGUGCGAGAUGUUUACCAAAACUCGACAAGUGUCCAAUAUGUAGAAGCGUAAUAACCAGUUACUUCUGCAUUCGCAACGAAGAGGAACCGAUGGAGUUAAAGCAGCAGUUCCCGUUGAACCGCCGGCUGCUUAACCUGUUCCACUACCACUAGCAGUAAGACACGACUAGCGGUCGUAUUUAUAGUCAAAGAGACACUGUCAAAUUUUGCGGAGUGUAAUAAACCAGCUUUGUCUGCAUUGGAAAAGGCGCCGAUGGAGCUAUAACAGCAGUUCCCCUUUAACCGCUGAUGCUUAAACCAGUUCCACUACCACUAGCAGUAAGACACGACUAGCGGUCGUAUUUAUGAUCAAAGAGACACUGUCAAAUUUUGCGGAGUGUAAUAAACCAGCUUUGUCUGCAUUGGAAAAGGCACCGAUGGAGCUAUAACAGCAGUUCCCCUUGAACCGCUGAUGCUUAAACCAGUUCCACUACCACUAGCAGUAAGACACGACUAGCGGUCGUAUUUAUGAUCAAAGAGACACUGUCAAAUUUUGCGGAGUGUAAUAAACCAGCUUUGUCUGCAUUGGAAAAGGCGCCGAUGGAGCUAUAACAGCAGUUCCCCUUGAACCGCUGAUGCUUAAACCAGUUCCACUACCACUAGCAGUAAGACACGACUAGCGGUCGUAUUUAUGAUCAAAGAGACACUGUCAAAUUUUGCGGAGUGUAAUAAACCAGCUUUGUCUGCAUUGGAAAAGGCACCGAUGGAGCUAUAACAGCAGUUCCCCUUGAACCGCUGAUGCUUAAACCAGUUCCACUACCACUAGCAGUAAGACACGACUAGCGGUCGUAUUUAUAGUCAAAGAGACACUGUCAAAUUUUGCGGAGUGUUAUAAACCAGCUUUGUCUGCAUUCGCAACGAAGAAGAACCGAUGGAGUUAAAGCAGCAGUUCCCGUUGAACCACUGAUGCUUAAACCAGUUCCACUACCACUAGCAGUAAGACACGACUAGCGGUCGUAUUUAUAGUCAAAGAGACACUGUCAAAUUUUGCGGAGUGUAAUAAACCAGCUUUGUCUGCAUUGGAAAAGGCACCGAUGGAGCUAAAACAGCAGUUCCCUUUGAACCGCUGACUCUUAAACCUGUUUUACUACCACUAGCAGUAAGACACGAAUCUAUCCACGGAGAGAAGUUAGAGAGCUAGAUUUUUCAUACAAAAAUGCAUAUUUCGAGACCUAAUACAGUCAAUUGUAAUUAAAAUCAGAAUGUUUUCGGUACUAGGAGUGGGGCAUUCUUAGGACCUAAAGGGGAUUGGUCCCUGAGGCCUAAACGCAGUAAUCUUAAGGUUUCGAUCGUUAAUAUACACGAUAUACUUACUGUAAGUAGAGAUAGCUUUCAUCCUGGGGAUGGACAUAGACUACUUAAAUAUCCCGGAAAGUCUCGGGAAUUUCAAAAAACCUAAAUCACGAGAAUCAAUCAUCUAGUAACUAUAUAAAUCGAAGAAGACACUUUUGUAAUCGACUUUCGAAAAUGAGGAGGUUCUUACUCGUAAUUCGGCAAAUACAAUAGGUAUCUUGUACAUUAAUGAUCGAAGUAUGAAGGCAUAAAAGACAUUGUGUGUUUGCAUAGCGUCCUGUAGUUAUUUACUACUAAACAGCUAGUUAAUGUUUUGUUUUUAGUAGGUAUAGUCCCUACAAAAUGAGAACUCACUCGCCAUUUUAACUCUGUGUCAGAAGUACGGUUCAUCUUAAAAAUAAGGACUAAAAUCGUACUUUUGAAAUGACAGUUGACACAAAGUUAAAAUAGCGAGUGAGAUUUGGUACACAUUACGUACAUUUUUAGUUUGAUUUAUUCAAUAUGAUUUUAUCUUGUAUAACUUUUGGCGGAAUUAGUUUUUGAUUGACUAUGACAUGAUGUUGAAAUGAAAAAAGUUUUUCUAUGGCGACUUCCAUAGCGCAGCAGUAUGUGCUGUGAGCUUAAAGGGUCCGGGUUCGAUAUCCGGCAGGAUCAGUUAGGGAAUUAAUGAUUUACCGAAGCCAAUUUAGCUUCGGUGUGGCCUAGGGGGCUUCGGCCUUGACUAAUUACCACCCUGUCGCAGUCUAGUUAAUUACAUCGUAGUAGUAUAUUUUUUUUUAAUAAAAAAUAGCGAGAAAACGAGCAGGCGGGGGUCAUCUGAUGUUAAGUGAUUACCGCUGCCCAUUUGCAGCUCCAGAAGAACCGCCGAAAAGUCGAUCAGGGGGGGGCAACGACAUUUAUCAUGACGGAUGUGAUAAAGCAAAGCCAUGGCUCCCCUUUUUAUUUUGCUUGUUAGAGAAAAUAUUUUUUUCUCAUUAAAUGCUGACUAGUCUUCUUUGCUUUUAAUUUUUAGAUUGUUUUUAAUUAUUUUGUAUUUUGAAAAAAUGCGAAAUCAUAAAUGGUAUAAAAAAUAUUGUUUAAUCGACUUUAGAUUUUAUUUUAUUGCUUUCGUUCCUAAAACUAAUGCUAGAUUUAUUAUAUUUUAUUUUUAAGUGAGUGCAUAUGAAUACUUUUUACUUUGCGUAAUAGUUUAACAUUUUCAUAAAAGGAAAAGAUUAAAUUGAAUUAUUUUAUUUGGUGAAAAUUCGCGAAUUUUUUCCUUAAGUUAUCAAAAUUGUUAACAUAUCAAGAAAAUUUAUUUGUUAUGUAAAAAUACAAAGAUUUAAUAUAAAAAAUCACUUUUAGGCAACAGUAUGCACUCUGCUUUAUCAAUACUGUUAUGUUGUUUAAUUUUAUUUAUUAUAUAAUUACUUAAUUAAUAGACUAACACCAGAAUACUUAACGUCUCCUAAUUUUUGAAGGCAACUCAAAUAUUUAGUCACAGUUAUUUGAAAUUUGUUCCUACAGUGUACAUAUAAAAGAUUACAUCUCACCAACAUCGAUAGAAUUCGAGCGUGAAACACAAUAACGUCAGAGUAAAUAGGACCUAAAAGUCUUUGGUUUAAAGUCAAAAAUUCAGUACCACGAAUUUUAUUUGACUGACUGUACGUAUGAUCGAAUUUGAGCUUUAAAACAAGGCUGUUAAAGCCCAUUUUACUGAAGUAUCGACUCUUGAAUUCUAUCAACAUUGAUGAGAUUAAAAUCUUAGACUGUAGCAAGACACACAUCGCGGCUAAUUCUUUUGUACACAAAUCGCUAAACUUGACAGAUCUCAAUCUAGUUCCAUCCUUUUUCUCAGCGAGUAUUAUGAAAGGGAAAGCAAUAAAUUAGACCUGUCAGUUUAGAGAAUUUGUGUAAUAGAAUGAACUUCGUUGUUUUCAAGCCUUGAAUAGUUGUUAUUUAAAUUCGAGAUGUCUUUAAAUAUAAGGAAGCGAUUUGAGUAUUCGAUCGUAAAUAAUUAUCCUAUUUAUUUGUCUUUCAAACUAAGUACUACUAGUAAUAAAAACAAAAAUAAGUUUAGAUCAAUUAAGCGUGUGGGUGCAAUGUAUGCAACUGUGAUAUUGAAAUGCUUUGUGAAUUUGCUAUAAUUGUAAAUAAAUAAUGUGUAAUUAAGUAGAUUUAGGAAGCCUAGGAUCGCACUAAUAUUUUUUUCUAACUGUCACAUUAUGAAAAGCUUGUUUUAUGAGCCUAGUACACAUUGGCCAAAUGCGCUCGGCGAAAGUGUGUAGGUGACAUACACUAUAAACAUUCAUAAACUUACACGAUGAAUACUUUCAAGCAGGCACUAGGAACGAUAUUGUGUACAUCUCUUUCAAUCAGCUCUCCAUUUCGCUUCGCACUCAUCCGCAACCCUAUACGUUAAACAGUAUGGGGUUUCCGAUGAGUGUGAACAUAUUAGGUACAUAUCCCGGGCCUCAACUAUACGGGAGUAUAAACAAAAAUGUGAAUACCAGCAGUAGCAAGAGAGACUUGAAAAUCAUUGGAUAAACUAUUUCUAAGAAAAUAAUGAAAACUUUUUCAACUUAAUAUGAUCAAAAUUUACGAUCCUCGUAAAAUGCAAAGAAAGCAAAAGUACUACGGACACGCCUCUAUAUCGUGAAGGCCAUGAUAUUGUAACAACAGUACACAAUGGCCCAGUGCAUUCGGCCAGUGUUGGCUAACGUAUAAACGUUGCUUGUGAAUUGCACCAAGACCCUUUGAUGCUUGUAAGAAGAUCCAAAUAAAUCAGUAAGCCGAUCACCGCUGGUCAUAUGCGGUAAUUACACUCUAAGUGGUCCUGUACAAGUUGGCCGAAUGCGUUUGAUUAAUGUGUACUAAGCUCUUUACAACAAUCGCAAACAUACUGACAUGAUCGUAUCAAAUCGAGGCGGCCAUGUGACCACUGGUCAUUUGAUUGCCCGUGCGUUUCAAUGCUAGGUAUUCUAGGCUUAACCGCAGGUGAGAAAUUUCGAUCGGAAUAUCGACCGGU